UAUUGUAAAAUGCAUUUUAAAACUGUAAUCCUUCUAAAAAAAUCCCCUUUUUUUUUUAGCAGUGGGGGGCAGGUCCGAACUUUUUUCUCUGAAAGUUUAGCGCAAUAGUUCCAGUUCUCAUGUUUCCUAACUACGCUGCUCCAUAUACAUAUAUUCUCCCCGAGCGUGAUGCUGUCAUCACUCACAUGUUUACUUCUUCUCCAGCUCACUGGCUGUUGUUCACUCUUCUAUAUUUAGAGCUUGGUAUCCGAAGCUGCAUCCCUCGCUCUCCCUCACUCUCCUCCUGAUCAUCGUUUCACAGUCUUUUCAGAAAAGUGUUGAUGUAACAGUGUGGUACAUUUAAAAAAAAAAAAUAGCUUUAUUGACAGCACCAUGUGGCGACGGAGCUACCUGCAGACCCAGAGGCCGAUAAUCAUGAUGUCGGAGAAUUUGGAGCCGAGCGAUGAUGUCAGCCUCCUGCACCCCCACGAGUUGGAGCACCCGAGGGAGGAGGACGGACACUGCCCCCUGCCCUUCAGGCUGCAGCUGAUUGACGACCUGUCCUACGAAGACGUGAAGAAGUGUUACAGAGGAUCG